AGCUCGAUUUCCUUCCCAUCUAUCUCCUUCCCUCCAUCCAUCACGGCUUGCAACGGCGGUCAUUUCCCCUGCCGUCAUCAUUCGCUUCAACUGUUGUAAAGGCAGGAGCAGGAUCAAUUGGACAACCUCGUUGGCAAGCUCGACUAUCCUGAUCCCGAUCCCGAUAUUUACGGGCGCUUGAGAAGCUGUUUCCUUCACCUCCGCUACAAUGAAGACCAGCGUCCUCCGCCAGGUGGCCGUCUGCCGCGUCGCCGCCCUGGGCGCGCGCCGUGUGCACAUUGCCUCCAAGACGACUACCUCGGCCUACGCCAUCACACAGGCUCCCAGAGUUCUUGGGGCAACAUUCCGCCCCCUCAACCACCUUAAUCACCUCCAGCGGACCUACUCGACAGAGGCCACCGCCGAUGCGGUUGCCGAUGCCGCGUCGCCAGAUCUCGUUAAACGCUUCGCAGACCUCUCGAGACUCAAUGUCAACCCUGCCCUCGUCGAUGCUAUCACCAAAGGCAUGCAGUACGAGAACAUGACUGACGUUCAGUCUAUGACCAUCUCUCCGGCUCUUACUGGCCGCGAUAUUGUUGCGCAGGCCAAGACCGGUACCGGAAAGACGCUGGCGUUUCUCGUUCCCGUGAUCCAGCGCAUCCUUGCCAAGGAGCCCGACCUCGCCUACCGCGGCAGAAGCAGGGCCCGGUCCGAUGAUAUCCGCGCCAUCAUUGUCUCGCCCACUCGUGAGCUUGCCGAGCAAAUUGGCGAGGAAGCGCGGAAGCUCACUCGUGGCCUCGGUCUCAUUGUCCAAACUGCCGUCGGAGGUACCAUGAAGAAUGCCAUGCUCCACAAGACACGCCGCGAGGGGUGCCACAUCAUGAUCGCCACACCGGGCCGUCUGAACGAUCUUCUCAGCGACUCGUCGAGCGGAAUCGACGCGCCGCAGCUCCAGGCCCUGGUCCUCGAUGAAGCAGAUCGCAUGCUCGACGUGGGUUUCGACGCCGAGCUCCAGGAGAUCCUCACCUUCCUCCCCAAUCGCCGUGACGUUCCCCGACAGACACUCCUGUUCUCGGCCACCAUCCCCAAGAACGUGGUGGGCUUGGCCAGGAAGUACAUUGACGGCAACAACUUUGAAUUCGUCCAGACCACGAGGAGCGACGAGACCCCUACCCACGAGAAGGUUCCUCAAUAUAUCGUGCCCUGCAGAAGCAUCUCGACCGUCCUUCCAUCCCUGCUCGAGUUGGUUCAGCGUGGGACCAAGGAAGGCUUGACCAACCCGGACAAGACUCCUUUCAAGGCCAUGGUUUUCUUGCCAACGACCUCAGCCGUUGUCGCAGCUGCCUCCAUCUUCCGCCGCAUCGCGUAUCAAUACAAGGAUAUGCCAAAGGUCCUCGACAUCCAUUCCAAGCUCACCCAGGGAACCCGCACAGUCGCUUCAGAAACCUUCCGGAGGGCUGAUUCCGCCAUCCUCUUCACCUCGGAUGUCACGGCCAGAGGCAUGGAUUUCCCCAAUGUGACCCACGUUAUUCAGUGCCAUUUGCCUCCCAACAGGGAGCAAUAUAUUCACAGACUGGGCCGAACUGGAAGAGCCGGCAAGGCAGGUGAGGGUUGGUUGCUUGUCGCCGACCUUGAACUAUCGGCAGCGAGAAACCGUCUCCCGGGCCUUCCCAUCCAGCGGAGCACCGACCUUGAAUGCGCUACUUGCGACGUUGUCCAGCCCGACCAGCCGUCGCAAUUCGACGACAUUAAGAAGGCUGCCCAGCGGUUGCCCGCAGAAGUUCUCUCCGAUAUGUAUAUCGGCUAUCUUGGGAAUGCCACCAAGGGUAUCGAUCGCCAGGGUGUCGUCGACGAGAUCAAUGAGAUGGCCUUGCAUGGCUGGGGCAUGGACCAGACGCCGCUCGUCCGCUCAAAAAUGGUUCAGCAGAUGGGCCGAGUAACCGGUCUUCGGAUUGGAGAACCUUCUCGCAGUGACUUUGGAAUGCGUGGCGGAAACUUCCAGGGAGGACGCGGUGGAGGAUACGGUAGCGGAUACGGUGGUGGACAGGGUGCAGGUCACAGCAGAGGUUUCGGCGGAUCGCGGGACCGCAGCGGCUUCGGUGCCAUCGAAAGCAGGAGUGAGUGGUCGCCGCGUGCAAAACCCUCCUUCUAAUCGAUCCGUCGAAUCGGACAAAGAAGGAAUCGAGGCAUCUCGAGUGACUUUUAGCCAGCCUCACGAGGCAAGGUGCUCGUCUCUCGAAGACGCGCUACGUCUGCCUCGGACCCCCUAACUGGCGUGUACCAGUACCUAAUUGCAGCGGGAGCGCCGGAUCGUCAUAAAAGGGAGGGCGGGUUUUUUACACAGGAUGGAGUUUUACGGGGUCCAUUUCUAGAGGCAAGAAAAGUUCUGCGUCAUUGUACUAAUAACAGGCGUUGGCCGGGGCAUUCCUUCCUGUCUUGUCGAUUGGGCUUUUUUGCUUUUGCCUCGCUGGGGGGGAGAUGUGUCUGUCUGUUCGUUGAGUCUGCUAGGCCGACGCAGACGCAACAGGACUUGAAAACUCCACUAUAUGUUCUUUUUUGUCAUAUCUUUUUGUUUUAUUAUCUGUACUGUAUAUACGAUCUCUUAUCCAACUAGUAGGCUUACGGAAAGAAUCACAAAAUUGACUCUA